AUGGAUGAUUCAUCAGAUGAGGAAGACAACAUGGAUGGAGAUAAAAAGGACCUUUCGAUGUCAGAAGAUAAAACAACACACAAAGAAGAUGAAAGGGAAGAAGAAGAUGUGGAAGAUGAACCUGAUGAAGAAGCUAGCAGUGAUGAUUCAGAAUCCCAGUCAGAAUCAAAGAAAGGUCGCAGAAGCGAAUCUAAUAAGACAUCCAAGAAAGCUGAUGCUAAAAAGAUUCCAAACAAAAAGUCUGAGAAGAAAUCUUCAGCCAAAAAACGGAAAUCCUCUACUAAGAGUGAUGACGAAUCUUCAUUUGGAGACGAACCCCUCUCAAGGAAGACAAAGCCACCACCCACAGAUAAAGAAAGGAUGCUGUAUGUCAAUGAAAUUUUGCAAGGAGCUAACCUCGAAGAAACAACAGUCUAG